CAAAGGCGGCGCGCCGCCUGUGUCAUCCGCCAUCUUGUGCGAAGCAAGGUGGCCUCCACGUUCCCAGAGCGUCUUCUCCGCUUCUGCCUCGACCGCCCCUUGAUUACAGACAUGUCUCGGGAUCGGUUCCGGAGCCGUGGCGGUGGCGGUGGCGGCUUCCACCGGCGCGGAGGAGGCGGCGGCCGCGGCGGCCUCCACGACUUCCGCUCCCCGCCGCCCGGCAUGGGCCUCAAUCAGAACCGCGGACCCAUGGGGCCCGGCCCGGGCCAGGGUGGCCCCAAGCCCCCAAUCCCACCACCGCCUCCGCACCAGCAACAGCAGCAGCCACCACCGCAGCAGCCGCCACCACAGCAGCCGCCGCCACUUCAGCCACCGCCGCAUCAGCCGCCGCAUCAGCAGCCGCCGCCGCCGCCACAGGACUCGUCCAAGCCCGUCGUUCCUCAGGGACCCGGCCCGGCUCCCGGAGUGGGCAGCGCUCCGCCGGCCUCCGGCUCGGCACCGCCCGCCACUCCCCCGACCUCUGGGGCCCCCACGGGCCCAGGCCCCACCCCGACCCCGCCGCCCGCUGUCACCUCGGCGCCCCCCGGGGCGCCCCCGCCCGCGCCGCCGAGCAGCGGUGUCCCCACCACCCCACCUCAGGCCGGGGGCCCCCCGCCUCCACCCGCAGGGGGCCCGGGGCCCGGUCCUAAGCAGGGCCCAGGACCCGGAGGCCCGAAAGGCGGCAAAAUGCCAGGCGGGCCGAAGCCCGGCGGCGGCCCGGGCCUAAGUACUCCUGGCGGCCACCCCAAGCCGCCACAUCGAGGCGGCGGGGAGCCCCGAGGAGGCCGGCAGCACCACCCACCCUACCACCAGCAGCACCACCAGGGGCCCCCACCCGGCGGGCCUGGUGGCCGCAGCGAGGAGAAGAUCUCCGACUCGGAGGGGUUUAAAGCCAACUUGUCUCUCUUGAGGAGGCCUGGAGAGAAAACUUACACUCAGCGUUGUCGGUUAUUUGUUGGGAAUCUACCUGCUGAUAUCACAGAGGAUGAAUUCAAAAGACUAUUUGCUAAAUAUGGAGAACCAGGAGAAGUUUUUAUCAACAAAGGCAAAGGAUUUGGAUUUAUUAAACUUGAAUCUAGAGCACUGGCUGAAAUUGCCAAAGCUGAACUUGAUGAUACACCGAUGAGAGGUAGACAGCUUCGGGUUCGCUUUGCCACACAUGCUGCCGCCCUUUCUGUUCGAAACCUUUCACCUUAUGUUUCCAAUGAACUGUUGGAAGAAGCUUUUAGCCAGUUUGGUCCUAUUGAAAGGGCUGUUGUAAUUGUGGAUGAUCGCGGGAGAUCUACAGGGAAAGGCAUUGUUGAGUUUGCUUCCAAACCAGCAGCAAGGAAAGCAUUUGAAAGAUGCAGUGAAGGUGUUUUCUUACUAACAACAACUCCUCGUCCAGUCAUUGUGGAACCACUUGAACAAUUAGAUGAUGAAGAUGGCCUUCCUGAAAAACUUGCACAGAAGAAUCCAAUGUAUCAAAAGGAGAGAGAAACCCCUCCUCGUUUUGCCCAGCAUGGCACAUUUGAGUAUGAAUAUUCUCAGCGAUGGAAGUCCCUGGAUGAAAUGGAGAAACAGCAAAGGGAGCAAGUUGAAAAAAACAUGAAAGAUGCAAAGGACAAAUUGGAAAGUGAAAUGGAAGAUGCUUAUCACGAACAUCAGGCAAAUCUUUUGCGUCAAGAUCUGAUGAGACGCCAGGAAGAAUUAAGACGCAUGGAAGAACUUCAUAAUCAAGAAAUGCAGAAACGUAAAGAAAUGCAGCUAAGGCAAGAAGAAGAACGACGUAGAAGGGAAGAAGAGAUGAUGAUUCGUCAACGUGAAAUGGAAGAACAAAUGAGACGCCAAAGAGAGGAAAGUUAUAGCCGGAUGGGCUACAUGGAUCCAAGAGAAAGAGACAUGAGAAUGGGUGGAGGAGGAGCAAUGAACAUGGGAGAUCCCUAUGGUUCAGGAGGCCAGAAAUUUCCACCUCUAGGUGGUGGUGGUGGCAUAGGUUAUGAAGCUAAUCCUGGAGUUCCACCAGCAACCAUGAGUGGUUCCAUGAUGGGAAGCGACAUGCGUACUGAGCGCUUUGGGCAGGGAGGUGCGGGACCUGUGGGUGGACAGGGUCCUAGAGGAAUGGGGCCUGGAACUCCAGCAGGAUAUGGUAGAGGGAGAGAAGAGUAUGAAGGCCCAAACAAAAAGCCCCGAUUUUAGAUGUGAUAUCUAGGUUUUCAUUCCAGUUUGUUUUUGUCUUUUCUUGUUUAGAUACCAAUCUUUUAAAUUCUUGCAUUUUAGUAAGAAAGCUACCUUUUUAUGGAUGUUAGCAGUUUAUUGACCUAAUAUUUGUAAAUGGUCUGUUUGGGCAGGUAAAAUUAUGUAAUGCAGUGUUUCAAACAGGGGAAUUCUUUUUCCUUUUUAUUUCCUUUUUUUUUUUUUUUUUUAACUGUAUAAUGUCCCUCAAGUUAUGGCAGUGUACCUUGUGCCACUGAAUUUCCAAAGUGUACCAAUUUUUUUUUUACUGUGCUUCAAAUAAAUAGAAAAAAUAGUUAUAAUAUUGAUCUUCAACUUUGCCAUUCAUGCUUCUAUGCACAUUAGGCUAGGUAUUCCACUUUGAAAGCAUGAGCGUGUCUAGGCCUUUGAAUGGCAUAUGCCAUUUCUGGGAAAUGUAUCUGUAGGCUAAGCAUUGCUUUCUACAAAUAAGUACCCCCCCCCCCUUGUUUUAAAAAGAAGAAAUGCAUAUUGAAGUAGUUUCAUGAUUUGUUUGGCAUUAUAGGAAGCAAGCUGGUGCUAAGUAUUUUUAAAUGGUUAUGUAAGCAAGCUGAACUGUAACUCUUCCUUCAGGAAUGUGUAUUAAGAUUAUGGAAUGGGUGAAAGACUUGGUAGGGGGAGAAAGUGGGUAUGACUAAAUGGAUCUUUAUGGCCCUAUGAUCUAUCCUUUCCUUGAAAGUUUCUGAAGAAAAAAGUGGAAAGAUCAUUUUGUUGCAUUCCUCCAUUCUUGUUUUUAAAAGAACAAGUCCCAAGCCCUACAAAUGGCUUGUAUUGAACUUUCAUAUUUGAAUUAAAGAUUGUUAAACAUGAAGCCUUUUCAUGUAUUACUUCAAGCGAUUUAUGAUGAUGGGGUUUAGUGUGAAAAAUUCAACUUGCAAGUAAGAAGCGUAGUAACCAUGAAGUAGGUUUAGCUACGUAUACAUUUGUACUCUGUAACUUUUACAUCUCCUUGUGCUACUUCUGGUGGACAAAAUCUGUAGGGCUAUGAAAACUUGUUCUCUUUUCUAAGAACUAGUGGUGACUGUUAAUGACCAGUAGCGUUGUAGAUCACGAUUCUUACUGUAAACUAUUUGUUAACCUGCUUUUCUAUAGUUUACUUUUGAUGUAGCACUAAAUCUGGAGAGAGUUGCUCAUGCUACACAGUACAAAUACCCCUUUCUCCCACCAUAAAGUUUUGGAGUGUUUCGAUGGUGUUGUCAGCUGAUUGUCAACUUCAUUGAAUCUCCUUCCAUUAGGAUAAGACAUUCUGACUUAACAUUAAAGUAGAUUGUUAUUGUUGUCUGAUAGUACGAUGGGAACCUGUUUUCCCAGCGUUAUGUAUGUUAGCAGAGGAACAGCUUCCUAAAAGUAGGUAAAGUAAUUGAAUGGUUUGGCUUUGUUCUUCGUUCCAUUCAAAUUUGUACAUUACAGAACUCUUACUAUGGAAUGUGUCUUCCUCCUUUUCACCUCUGUUCUUGGUGCUAAUUGGCAAAAGUAAAAUUCUAAAUCAAAUCUUCGUUAAAUGCUGAAGUUUAGUAUUGUGCCUGAGUACAAAGGGAAACCUCUUGUUGAAACUCUGAGCACUUUCUGCAUAGGAAACUGGAUAAUACUAAAAGUAAAACACUAGUGGAGUAUAAAGGCAUGUCACUCAAUUCUGGUUGUGUGACUUGACAGGUACAUGGUGUGCUAAUUAAGGAAGAGACUCUCCUUAGAAUAUGUUUAUUAUUUCUUCCCCAAGACACUUGGAAGUCGGUAGUAGUUCCACCAUAAUUCUAUCCAUGAGGAAGUUUUGUCCCAAGUCAUUAAUUGGUGAUAUGUAUGAGGUUUUCUGUAUGGAAACAAGGGUCUGGAUUUGAAAGGAAUCCAUUACAAUUUGAUUGAAUUGUAUGGUAGGGACUCCACUAAUGAUAAAUUAAGGGGUGUUCAUGGGACACCCACAGAGGGUGAACGUGAAUGUGUGUGGGCGGGGGCUGGUGGGGAAGUGGGAAAAUCUGCCUAUAAAAUUAAUGUUUCAGUUUAUUUUUCAGAUUACAUGCCUUUCUUUAUAAGGGAUGCUGGCACAGACCCCUAAAAUAAGCUUUUGUUAGUACUGUACCUUUGAAGAGUGGUGAAGGAUGCUAAUGGAUAAUCUCCUGAAAGUUGUGGUUUUGCUAGCCUUACUGUGGGCUGUAGAAUUGCUAAACGUUGUUUAGCAAAUAAUGUUGCUUAGUUUCCACUAAGUUUUGCCUUUUCCUCACUGAAACAGCAGUGUACCAAGGGUUGUAAGCUACUCAAAGAGACUUUCAAUAAGUCUUGGAAUGCAUAUGGUAGUUUUUAGCUUAAUGUGAAUUUAAAUCCUCUUAAAAAGGAGUUUCCUAAAAGCUGAUAUGAAAUGGGUGGGAAAGGGAAUGUAGUACUUUUGAAGUAUUUCAGCCAUUUUUCUUAUUUAAAGAAACCAGCUGCCCCCAUUUCCUCUUCUCCACUUUCUCUCAUAAUUUUAAGAGGAACACUGAUCAUUUUAAGCUUAUUACUCCUAAUCUUUAAACUGCAUUCUCUACGAGAUCCCAGUGUAUUCAAUAGGUACCUUCUAAGAUUAACUGAAUGGCUCACAUUAUUUAGUGAAACCAUAAUCCUCUGCUUAGAACACUAAUUAAAACUCCUAAGAAGUCCUAUAAACCCCACCACUCUUUAUAUAGAUGUAUUAUACCACUAAUACAAACAGAUAAUAAUUUGGGAAAUUGUAACGUUACGCCUGUGCAAUUUUUAUAAGUGGCAUAUUAUGGCAGACAAAAAUUUAGAUACUUGGCUUUUCUCGGGCAAGCCACUACGUUGUGGCGGGAUGUUUUCUGGUGUUCUUGGACUGCAAUUGUGCACUAUUAAAGUAGUGGCCUGCUACAUAACUGCAUUUAGCCAGCAUUUCUGCAGUGCGUAACUGUGAGGAACGUAGUACCGCAAAUGGCAAUGGACAUUAGGACCCGGAUGUAGUAUUCCUGCUUGCUCCAAGAUUCUCAUUGCCGACUGCAUACAGGUAGGUAACAAGCAAUAUAAUCUAACUUGGUGACUUGCUAUGUACUUUUAUUCCGUGGGCAUUCUGACAUCACACUUCUGACCAUGAAAUUACAGUGCAGCACCUAACACUUGGAUGGUAAAGCUAGCUGCUAUCAAAACUGCGUGGGUUUGGGUUUCAAGCUGUAAUUUGUCAGGCAGAAAUCAGUGCUGUUGCAGUUCUCAGAUAAAAAGUGCAAACUUUGUUCUUUGGUACAUCUGAUGCAGUUGUGUGGUUUCCUUUAGUUGCAUUGUAACUGAAGAGAACGUGGAACACGUCAGUGGUGUGGGGGAGAGGGAAUCAAACCAUACUUGGAAAGUAGAGUGCUUUUAGCAUCUUGACAUGGACUGUAUAGCAUGUGAUACUGAGUCUCUGUUGUAGCAAACUGACCUGCCCAUAGGUCAGCAAUAUCCAUUUCAGAAUGCAAUCUUGGUAAUCAUUCUGCAGGUUGGAGUGAAUUAAGACUAAAAAGUACAGUGGUUUUUUUUUUUGUUUUUUUUUUUUGUUUUUUUUUUUGUAAUGUGACUUAAAUUUUUUUUUUUAAUGGGCUUCAUGGGAAUACCUUUGUUACUAACGUGGGCUUAGAUGGGAAUCUAAUGUGAAUAGUUCCAAGUUAUGUGACUUGUCUAAAUAUGUCUAUGCUCUAAACCUGGGGGAAAGUGGUGUGGCAUGUUGACUUGCCUGCAGUUGAAUACACGUUGGGAAUCAUUUCCCAAUCCUAAGACUUCUUCGUCGUAUUCUGUAGGAUGACUGCAAAUGUUCAGAGUAGAUUUUUGAAUUUGGUUCCCUUAGCUUUAGGGAUGUGAUGUUAUAAUCCAAAAUGCUUACCAAAAAUAAAAAAAUAAAAAGUCUUCAAAAGCAGCUUUGGUUGCUUAGGACUUCAGCUUUGUAAGCUUUGCAUCAACUGUUGUUCCAGACCUCAAUUCAACUUAACUUUGGUCUCCGAGCUGGUUUUUAGCUAGCAUGCAUGGAAACAGCUUUCACGUAUAAUGCUUUCUGCUCUGUAACUGGAAGUUUGGUUUACUUUGCAUAAAUGCCGGUGAAAACUCUUCGUGACUAUGAGAAUUUUCUUCCAUUGUAUCAAGAAAAAUGGCUUGCUCUUUGGCAAGCAAUUCACAAGGUGGGGACAAAUUUGUACUUUAAUACGUAGUCUAUUCAAACAAAUACCUUGACUCUCCUGUUAGGUGAAAAAGCAAAUGGUGACUAGUUUAGCUCUUUGUUAAUAAUACAAUGCAGUUCAAACAUAAUGCUCAAUAUUAGUGACAAUAGUGUCGCUAAAUUGACAUACAACCCCGAUGGGAUUUUCCUGUGGCAUAAUCCAUUAAAUCGGUGGCCAACACUUGCUACCGUGAUUUAGUGAUUCAAGUGUUUAGAAAUAAAAGCUCAGGUUCAUUUCUUAACAGUCAAUAACAAUUUUGAGAGAAUGUACUUGUUACAAUAUAUGGACUUGAGGAAAAUCAUUGGGGUGGGGGGUUAAUUUUGCUUCAUUUCUGCUUAUUUCAAGAUGAGUAGGCUUUUGCACUUUGAAAUGAGAAACCUGUGACUUAAGUCAAUUCUAAACUAGUUUCGAUUUGUAUGUAGCUAUAAUUUGUGAAUCUUAGUGUAGAGGAUUUUAAAAUCACUCACUCAAAAAGCUGGGAAUAAAUGGGCUUCAGUAACACCACUAUACCGAGGUGCUUGCAUUGUAUUUCAUAGUGUUUCCUUGUUGCAAACCAGAAUUAUUCUUUUUAAUGAGAAUGGUCUAAAGUUCAGAGGUGUGAUGCCAGAAUGCAUUUUCGUACUGUUAGGCCCUUGGAACAGAUACCGGUGCUUUCUGAAAGAUGAAAGAAAUGGAAUGGGUGCUCUUCACACAAGGUUGCAAAACCUACCAAGAAUGUAUAAUAGUCUCAUUUUUCCCCAAGAAAGAGAUGCGUGUGACUAGUUUUGGACUUUUAACCUUAAUGGGGGUUGCAUGUCUCCUAUUGUUAAUCAUUGUCAGCUGCAGUGACAUGAUCAACAGUCCUGCAUUUUUAUUGCCUUUCCCUUAAUGAUUUUGGACAGGUUUGAGAGAGCCAGGAUGCUUGUUCUGGGCCUUUAUUUGGUUUUGGCUUUAGCUGAUAAUGUUUCAGUGUCUGUCAGCUAGUGCAGUUCUCAAAUGGCUGCCUAUUAGGGAAAGAAUUCUGAGGAUUUGACUGCUCCUAAUCAUCUGUCAUUGCUGCUAGAUAAUGAUUGGCAAUUUUUAAGACUCAACUGUGGAACUCUCACAGUUGUACACCAUCAACCAUAAAAAUGUUGCUUUUGAACACCAGUGCUGAAAAGAUUUUAUUUGGAGGGUGAGAAGGGGGCUGGAUGCAGAGUACUAGGAUAAUCUGGAGGAUGGGGGAGAAUGCAAAACGAUAUAGUAUCCCUUAUGGAUGGUACAUGUGCAACAGGGAACUCUUAUUUUUUAUACCCUUGGCAGUAACUGAUAAUCAGGGAGGAAGAAAAACCUGGAACUUGAAUUAAGGCUGAUCUUUCUGGUUUUUGUGCACUGCGGCCCUACCAGGCAUAUAUAUAGUGAAGGUGAAUGUCUUCUCCUUCAGAAAAAUGCAGGUUCCUUGCUGUCCCGAAUAAGGCAUAGCUUUCCUGCCCCAACUUAACACUCAGUGAGGACUUGGAGGGAAAGAACGAGGCAAAUACAUAGGAUUGCAGGAUAACAGCUGCAGUGUUGUGUACUGUGGAGUGGGGAGGGCACUCUUCUUGGAGGACUCCUGCUGAAGGUGGUCAGUCCACCUGAGAAUGGAAGACAUACUUGAAUGGGGGGCAGGGUAUGUGCUUUUAUAUGAAAAGAGAGCUGAUGUUAAAACUCAUUUGGUAAGGUAAACGUUGUCACAUACCUUCACAUAAGGGAUAGUAUAUUUUGGGUUGCAGUCAAACUGGAUUGUGCUCAGACUGGUGAAAAUAGCAGUUAGGCUUUUGUAUUUCAAUUAAGAUACAAUUUUUAUUUGAAUUCAGCUGUCUACUUUAUUACUUUACAUAAGAAUAAUUUUAGAUUUUUUCCCCCCAUCAAGUUUCUUCCUGUUGUUUUUUUAUUCUGUAACUUGCCCCCAAUCUUUUGUCUCUGGAAUUUACUCUUUAAAUUUUGAAGUUAACUAGCAUUUUCAAAACCUUUAUACCCUUGUCUUUUAUAUUAACUUUCUUUUAUUAUUCUUUAGGUAAGAAUGAUUGAUGUUGGCUGAUAUUGGAGUACUCAUUCACUUCAAGUGGAUAAGCUAUUAAUCUCAAGACGAUAUCCCACAACAUGAGCCAAGAAGGAAAGCCACAACUUGUUAGAUUCAGGAAGUGUCUGGAGCAAGUGUAAGCGGGGGAAAGGCAAAGAGAGACAAUAUCUUAAGCAUGUUCCAUGCCCAGUGAGGACUCCCAUCUCAUGACCAUGAAGUCAUGACCUGAACUGAAAUCAAGAGUCAGAUAGAUGCUUAAGCGACUGAGCCACCCAGACACCCCCCGGGUUGGCAAUUUUAAAGAAAACUCAGCUCAACUCUGCUAUUCUAGCUGGGAAAGCCAUCAUAGACAGUAGGUAAACAAAUGGACAUGACUGUGUGCCAGUAUUUUACAGAAAGGUAGUAGGUAGACAAUAGCUUACUGUCUUCUCAUCUAAUACAAAUUGCAUAAAUAGAUAACUAGAUAAUCACUCAGGUUUAAAGGGCUGUCAUAAUCGUAGUUUGAAAAGAGAAUAAUGUAGAAAUAGCAAUAAUUAAUUGACUAUAUCUUAAACCUAGGGAAGGUGCCAAUUAAUGGAGUAUCUUAGAUCUUCCUUCCAAGAGUGGUUGCUACUUAAGUUCUAGUGAAUGGAAGUAAACUUGAAUCAACUAGCUGGUGACAAAGUCUGGUGUUAAAAUAAUCUGCCUCUUAAAGAAUCCUUAAUUAUAUAGGUCAUUAAAUAUUGUUAAUACCGCACUCCUUGAUUAGUAUUGUUUGGUGUUAGGAAGUUUACUUGGUGCGAAAUGGUAAAUGUUUGAGAACUCUGAUUCUUAACAUAUUUUGGAGUAAUUGUUUCUUUUAAUUGGCAGGAUCAGGUGAACUGUGUCCAGAAAACCAGUGAGGAAGAGGGCAAAGAGGAAUGAGCAACCUAAUUGUUGUUAAUAAAGACAUUUUAAAAUCA